UAUGCGAGUCGCAACUCUGUGCCCGUUCACAUUCGUUGUUGUGCGUGCGCGCGUUUUGUUUGUGUACGUGUGUGUGAGUGUGCAAUGUGUAUGUAUAAUUCGCAGCGCUGCUCUCUCGUCCCCGACUUGUAAUUAUUAUUAUUUUUUUCUCAUUGUUAUUUUCUCCCCCGCCCCCGUCCCUCAUCGUCACCAACGCUUCCGACAUUACAAUAAUACAUCGUGCGCGGAACACCGUUGUCAGGAACCCGAAUACGUCCGGACGACCGCUACUGCCGUGUACUGUAUAACGGACGUACGUUUUUAGUGGUGUUCUCUUUAGACCGUUGCGUUCGCGCGUGUGAUGUGCAAAAUGGAAACGGCUACGAACGCCGCGACGGACGUGAAUCAUGACCGCCAUAUUCUGAAGCAGCCAACCAAGGUGCUGUUGACGUUGAGCAACGUGCUGCUGCCCAAAGAGAAGCUCACGUCCACGCCGUCCAUGAUGGACGGGCUGGACUUCGAAACCGAAGUCGACCUGAGGAUCGUCGGUUGCGAGUGGAUUCAGACCGCGGGUAUACUACUCAAAUUGCCACAGGUUGCAAUGGCCACCGGACAAGUGUUGUUUCAACGAUUUUACUACACUAAAUCUUUUGUUCGACACCCAAUGGAAAUAACAGCAAUGGCAUGCACAUGUCUGGCCUCUAAAGUUGAAGAAUCGCCACGACGUAUUCGUGAUGUUAUUAAUGUUUUUCAUCAUAUUCGCCAAGUUUUAAAUCAAAAAUUGAUUACGCCGCUGGUACUUGAUCAAAAUUAUGUACAGAAAAAGACGCAGGUAAUAAAAGCAGAACGACGUGUACUCAAGGAGCUUGGCUUUUGCGUGCAUGUUAAACACCCACAUAAACUCAUUGUCAUGUACCUACAGGCACUUGGAUUUCAAAAACAUCAAUCAUUAAUGCAGAUGUCCUGGAACUCCAUGAAUGAUUCAUUACAAACUGAUGUAUUUGUUCAAUAUGAUCCAGAAACAAUUGCAUGUUCUUGUAUAUAUCUAUCAGCCAGGAAAUUACAAAUACCGUUACCAAAGAGCCCUCCGUGGUUCUCUUUAUUUAAUGUAAAUGAAACUGACAUCCAGGACAUCUGUCGCAAAAUUCUCAGACUCUAUCUUAGACCAAAAGUUAUAACUGAGGAUUUAGAAAAGAGAGUUGAAGAAUUAAAGAAAGAGUAUGAUCAUGCUAAGGAGAAAGCAAGAGCAGCCAUUGUUACUCCAGCAAUACAAACUGAAGUUGUAACAAAUCCUCCGAGUAAUGGAAUAACUACAGUAGCUUCAGAAAAUACUGGUUCAGCCACUCCAAAUAAAAAACAAACAAAAAAAAGAAGUAGAAGUAGAAGUAGAACACCCUCAGAAACUAAGUCUGGAAGUAGAAGUCCAAGGCAUUUAAAGAAAUCUAAAAAAAGAAACCAUGAUCGAUCUCGUUCUAAGUCAACAUCUGAUAGAAGGUCUAAUAAACACCAUAGAAAAUCAAACAAGACCAGGAAACGAUAUUCAAGUUCAUCAUCUGGCUCAUCUAGUUCCUCUGGAUAUCGUCGUCAUAAAUCAUCUACCAAUAAUAAACUAGUACCUACUUACCGUGAUUACAAAGACUAUAGAGAUUAUCGAGGUGAUGAGAAUUACAAAUCCAAAUCAAGAAGUUACAAUUACUGGAAAAAAUAUUAUAGCUAUGAAUAGACUAUUGUAUUUCGCCUACCUUACAACAUGGUAAUAAUAUGUAAUAUAACUGUUUAUUUUAUACAAUUUAAACAAGGUGCAUUUUUAUAAUGAAUAUAUAAAUAC